UCUCUCCUAUAAUCACCUGUCACUAUUUCCCCUUGCAGUAUCAACUUGCAGUAUCAAUUCGGCAAUCUCUCCAAACCAUUGCAUUCAUUUCAUCUGCGUGUUUUCCAUGGCAGGAACAGGAAUAGGAAUAGGCGAGAGCGACAGAUAAUAAUUAAGUGUACGCAAUUGUACUGCAUACCCGCGAUCGAUAAUUCGACAAUCCCGACAAUCCUUUGAAACGAGGUGCACCUUUUACACCAACGAAACGCACCCUUCGAAUGCUGCUGACAUCUAUUCUUUUCUCGGUUAUUUCAACUCCGUAAUUGCGCGCAGCCGUCAGCAUCUGCACGACAAAUUUCGAUAUACCGGCUCCUUAAUUACCUUCCACUCGGUCGCAAUUAAUCAUGGCGGAUGUAACGUCUCCCUCCGCUGGUGGAGAUCAAGGGCCUAGGGAAGAGAGGUUGGCGAUUAAUCUACCCGUGGGCGACGUCGAGAUGGAAGAUUUAUCUCGAGCUCAACCUAAACCCGCCAACCCAGACGCCAAUCUAGAUACUUCAGAGUCCCAAAAUCACGAUUCCGAGUCUACUCCGGCCCCAAUACCCGUACCGGAUAAGGAUCCGCCGAAUAACGAGUCGACAUCAUUGAAAGCCAGCGGCAAGACCCAAAUCGGCGACGACGAUCACGAUCUGACGAUAGAUCCUGUUGAGUCCGGUGAUGGGUCUCCAAAUGACGAUUUAGUGGUCGAUAUAAUGCUUCUCUUAACCUCGGGCGCCCGACAUCCUUUUCGUAUCGACGAAAAAUACUUGUCGAAGCGGAAUGUUACUGUGACGGGCAAGACGGAGGAUGGAAAGCUGGAUCCAUUCAGCAUCACAGUCUAUACCCUAAAAGAACUGAUACUGAGAGAUUGGAGAAAAGAAUGGGACCAGCCACCGAGAGAACCUAGUGCUAUAAGGCUUAUUCACUUUGGUAAAUUGCUCGAAGACAGAAAUCAACUUAGCCAUUACCACUUUAGCACGACUAGGAAUGUUGUUCACAUGACUAUUAAGCCGCAAGACUUGAUAGAUGAGGAAGAAGCUGCUAAGAAGGUCAAAGAGUCUGGGAGCCACACCGGCCGCAGCGGAUGCUGUGUCAUCUUAUGAUCUAGUCCUUCUGAAGUGACAACUGAUUUUCAAAGAGCGAGCAUCCUCUCGAUGUGGUGAUAUCUUAACCUGUUCUACAACUGUCCGAGCUAUUGGGGAGCAACAUAGGCGAGUCGGA